AUUACUGUCUCCUAUAAUAUAUGAAGGAAUUGCAGUUCCUUUUGAUGCAUUCACAUGGGAUAGCUUUCCCCUUCUAAAGAAAUUAUUAGUUAAGGAAAAGGAGACUUUAAGUUGGUAGCAGGCUUUAAACAAAUUCCUAAAAGAAGCAUAGAAGAAUCGUUAGAGCAAUUCCAACGAUCUCAAUAGCCAUGGGGAAUUCAAAUUCUACACAUUCAAAACAAUGGGGGGAUGGCUCAGAGUGGAUAUUAGGAUGAGUGGCUCCGAGAUCCCAUUUUAAAAGUCUAGGAGCAUCGAAAUUCAUGGUAUUUUUCUCUCUCACCUUUUCAUCAAUCCAAACCAAACAAGUUUCUUUAGGCCUUUGUACCUUCAUUUUUUUUUCUUCUUUUGCAGUUUGCAGGAUGAAUUCAAGGAAAUCUGUUCAGAAUCUUAAGGAAACAAUUCAUUCCCUACUGGGAUUCAAGUCACAUCUUACUUCUACUUGGGCCAAGUCAGUUUGUGAUAUAAUAAAAAAUUUACCACAUGAAGGAUCAACUAGGAACAAAAAUGACGAAUCCAAGAUAAAAGAAGAAAUCGCUGCCUUAACCGACUCCAUAAACCAGUUGAACAUACAGAGAAGGCAGCUCUUGAAUGAUUUGUUGGAAUUGAAAGGGACCAUUCGUGUAUUUUGCCGAGUGAGGCCCUUAACGUUUGGGGAAAAUUUAGGACCUGUUGUAGCAUUGGAUACAAGUAACCUCCUUCUAAAACUUGCUGAUAACAAAACUAAAACAUACACCUUUGACAAAGUGUUCAACCCCGGUUCAUCUCAAGAUGGAGUUUUCUCUGAAGUUGAACCAGUCAUCAAAUCUGUCCUUGACGGUUACAAUGCAUGCAUUUUUGCAUAUGGUCAAACAGGAACCGGGAAAACCUUCACAAUGGAAGGUACUUCGGAUUCCCCAGGAAUAGUGCCCCGGACAAUUGAGACUUUGUUUAAGCAAGCAGUGGAUAGCAACCAUUCUUUCCUUGUAACGUUCAGUAUGCUUGAGAUUUAUUUAGGAAAUCUCAGAGACUUGCUAGUACCACAACCUAUGAGGACAACAGACCCUCUGCCACCAUGCCUUUUGAUUCAAACAGAUCCCAAGGGAGGAACUAGAAUUGAGAACCUAGUUUCCAUCCAAGUAAGUGACUUCCACCAAGCUUUGAAGCUGUAUAGAUUAGGAUGCCAACUCAGAUCAACUGCCUCAACAAAUUCAAACACAACUUCAAGCAGAUCCCACUGCAUGAUUCGCAUCUCAAUUACUUGCUUCGAUGCUCCUGAGAGGCGACAAGAAACAAAUAAAAUUUGGUUAGUUGACCUUGGAGGAAGUGAGCGUGUGAUGAAGACAAAGGCAUGUGGGAGAAGACUUGAUGAAGGAAAAGCCAUUAAUUUGUCUCUUUCUGCUCUUGGAGAUGUAAUACAUGCUCUUCAAAGGAAAAAGACCCACAUACCAUAUAGGAACAGCAAGCUGACACAAGUUCUUAAAGAUUCCUUAGGUGAAGGUUCAAAAACACUGAUGCUUGUACAUGUCAGUCCCAAAGAAGGAGAUCUCUGUGAAACAAUAUGUUCAUUAAAUUUUGCAGAAAGGGUGAAAAGUGUUCAUUUGGGGCAUGAGGAGUCCAAUGAAGUAAGAAGCCACAAGGAAGCUGCUAUGAAAAAUCUGCAGCAGAAGAUUGAAAAGAUUGAAGAUGAACGUCAACAUCUUAGAAGAAAGAUAAAAAAGUUAAAUGACAAAUUAGAAGAACUGACAAGGACAGGUCUAUCUUUGGAAGAGCAAGAGGAGCUUUCUCAUUUAUCUAAUGAAGGGCCACCUCUUGAACUUGCCUUUACGAAGAACAGGAUUGGAAAUGUCACAACAUCUUCCCAAUCACAACUGCCUAGAUUUAUGAGAUCAACUAUUUGCAGCAGAAGCAAAACAGGGAUGGAGCAUCAAACUUUAGUAGGCAGCGAUCCAUGUCACUCAAGAAGGAAAAGACAAUCUCGGCGAGCUGAGUCAGUGACUUUCCCAGUGAAGAACAAUUCAGAGUGCAACUCUGACCACAGCAUUUCAAGAUCUACAUGUGCAGUGGAAUUGAACAGGAAAACUAGUAUCGAUAAUGACACAGUAUACAGCCAAGAUGCAUCUGAUUGUGAUAUUCAAACGGUUGUAUUCCCAGAGCAGCACGUAUCACAAUUGACAUCGAAUCAUCAAAGGAUGGGCCAGGUUAGUCACCCUGAGAAAAAUGGAAGUAGAAAACCAAACAAAUGCAACUCCACAAAAGUUUUAAAGGCUGAUCAAUGGCUUGACUUAUAUAAGGAUGAACCUAGUAUCAGUGGUUCUCCUCCAAGGAAUAACUGGGUUUUAGACAUGCCUAUUCCAGAGAAGAAACAUAGGUCAAGUGGACAGAAAAAGGCAGAGAUAUUAAGCAAUGAGAAGGUAUCUAUUUAUGACUUUGCAAUGCAAAGGAAUCGUAGUAAAAAGCAGAAGCAGGCUGCAUUACAGGUACCUGGAAGGCCUGUUUCCGAAAGGUUGGUAGACAAACCACCAACAUUAAAGGAUUUAUUUGCUGAGGAAUCAAGAUCUAAUUUCAUUUCUCCAACUCAUGCAACAAAAGGCCAGACAAUGAAACACCAAGAAGACUCACUAGACGGCUUAUUGAUAGUGGACAAUCGAGAUGGCAGUCUUUCUCCACCUGAUUCUUGCUGCGAUGGAUUAGAACAAUUUGAUAAUGACGAUGAAUUUUAUGCAACACCAAUGGUGCAGGCAGUAAAAGACAGCGUGCAAUGUUCAGACAGUUCCAUGACAAAGAUUAGCAGGUACCAGUUCUCCCCAUCUGACUUGGAUAAUAGCAUCAGCAACUUACAAGAAAUUUUUGGUGUUGUGGCCCAACCAUCAGAGCUGGAAUGGUACCAUAAACAAGUGAUGGCUAUAGGACUUGCUGGAAAGGAAGACAUGGCAGCCUACUCACAAUCCUCACCAAAAGAGAUUAGACAAAACCUGCCCAAAUUGAAACCUCAAAGAUCAUUAUUAAUUGACGACAAAAAACAAAAAGACCUCAGGAUGACACUCAUAAAAUCACAAGAAAUUACACAGAACAAAGGAGCAUGUUAUAUCCUUAAACAAAAAGUUCAGAUUUCAUGGGCCACUGCUCUUCUAGGAUUGGGAUUCCUUGACUUGGGUUUUGAUCAUGACUUCUUCAAUGGUCUAAUACUUUGAAGCAGCUGCAGUAGAUGUCAGAGUGACAAUAACGAAUUUCUACUUUGGUCUGCAGUAAAUUUGGAGGUUGAGCAAAUAAUAGGAUCAAAUGUUUGCACAAAACCUCAACCUUCUUAUCCAUCUCUUGCAUAUGCUAAGGAUUUAACCCCAGUAGGACAAUGCAGCAUCUAUGCAUAUUUGGAACAUAUGGACGUGCCAUGAGAUAGUUUUUCACUUCAUCUUUAAGGUCCUACACAAAGUCUAUCUCGAACUCCUUUUCUUCUGGUGCAAAGAAACAAGAGUGACAAAGUUCUGGAUGCUCACCAAGUAGGCUGAAGAAACUGUGCAGCUACUGUAAAAUAUGUAUUUCUAAAUUAAUUUCGUCACAUGGGUACUAGGUCAGGUGAUUUAGAUGUUUCAAUAUGAUAAAACAAAUGUCAGAUAUUAUCCUGUUUACGUGAUUCAUAUCUCAUUUUAUAACUAUUCUCUCUAAUCUCAUCUCAUGACAUAAAAUGAAAACUG